AUGGGACAAACAGGGCUGCUGCUGCUGAUCGGCAUUGUGUUCCAUGUCGUCUAUUUGUUCAGCAUCUUUGAUAUCUAUUUCACGUCACCCAUCGUCCAUGGCAUGACACCACAGAGCAAUCCAUUGCCUGCACCAGCAGAUCGACUCGUUCUCUUUGUUGCCGAUGGUUUACGUGCUGAUAAGAUUGUCGAACGUGAAGGUCAAUAUCGAGCACCGUUCCUGCGAGAGAUUAUGCGAAACAAGGGCAGCUGGGGUGUGUCUCAUACGCGUGUGCCAACCGAAUCAAGACCUGGUCAUGUCGCUAUCAUUGCUGGUUUCUAUGAGGAUGUUAGUGCUGUUACAACAGGUUGGACAAUGAAUCCUGUCAAUUUCGACUCGGUCUUUAAUCAAUCACAUCACACGUGGUCUUUUGGUUCACCGGAUAUUCUUCCCAUGUUUCAACACGGUGCAAGCGAUCCCAAUCGAGUAGAAACGUUCAUGUAUCCACCCAAGUUUGAAGACUUUGCAGGAGAGUCAUCUCAUUUGGAUACUUGGGUGUUCGACCAUGUCAAGGAUUUAUUUGCUAGAGCCAAGCACGAUCAGGAACUCAACAAGCAGUUGCGAGAGAAAAAGAUUGUUUUCUUCCUUCAUCUUCUUGGAUUGGAUACCAAUGGUCAUGGUUUUCGCCCUCAUUCAGAAGAAUAUCACAACAACAUCAAGCUAGUCGAUCGUGGUAUUGAAGAGAUUGUAAAGCUCUUUGAUGAUUUCUAUAACAAUGAUGGGCGUACGAGCUAUAUCUUCACGGCAGAUCAUGGCAUGAAUAACCGAGGAGCUCAUGGUGAUGGCCAUCCUGAUAAUACACGCACACCCUUGAUUGCUUGGGGCGCUGGUAUUCGUGGACCUCUCAAGACGGGAUUAGGCCACGAUGAUUUUUCAAUGGAUUCGGAUUUGAAGGAAUGGCAACGGGAUGAUGUCUUGCAAGCUGAUAUUGCUCCUCUUAUGGCGACUUUGGUUGGCAUCGAUACACCCGUCAAUUCAGUCGGCCAGCUUCCAUUGUCUUAUUUGGAGAACAAUGAACAAUUCCGUUCAGAAGCCAUUUUUGCCAAUGCUCGUGAAAUUCUCGCCCAAUUCCAAGUGAAGCAUGAUGAAAAGGAAAAGAAUGAGCUCUUCUUUAGACCAUUUGCCCCCUUAUCGGGUUUGAAUGAUCCAGCAACUUUUGUGGAUGAGAUCCGACAACGCAUUGAUGCCCAGGAAUAUCUUCGAGCCGAGUUGUUAUCAAAGGACCUGAUUCAAUUAUGCUUGCGUGGUUUACGUUACUUCCAAACGUACGAUUGGCUAUUCUUACGCAGCGUGAUCACCAUUGGCUAUGUUGGCUGGUGUAUUUAUUGUACAGAGUUCUUGAUACGGAACCAUGUGCUCAACCAGGCGAACAUCAAGACUCCAAACAAGAUGACUACUUUGGUGAUCAACAUGCUAUCCGUGUUGGUUUUCAUUUUGUUGGGAGCCAUGCUGUGGGUUCAAAAGAUGCCUUCGAUUUACUAUGCUUAUAUUACAUUCCCGAUCUUCUUCUGGAACCGAGCUAUCCAUAACAAGAGCACUCUCAUUAUCGGCUUACGACUCGCUGCUAACGCUGGCAUCACCAAGUUUGUUUUCACUUGUGCAGCUGUUAUCGUUGUUCUCGAAGCUUUGGUCUAUAGCUUUUUCCGGCGUGAGGUGCUAUCGGUUUGUUUCGUGCUCGCUUCAGGAUGGCCUUUGACAAUGCCAGCACAAAUGCGUCAAAAGCAUCCACUUUUACUCUCAGCUUGGGCAUUGGCUUGCAUUAGUACAAGUGUUUUCACACUCUUGCCGGUCGAAAAAGGAGAAGAUAUCAAUCUUGUCGUCAUGGGUGGACUCUUUGGUGUGCUUUUGGGAUCGGCUGCUCUCUACAAGCUGAAAAUUACUGGACACGUUAGCAACAAGCUCAAUGCUUUGACCAAAUUCCAGCUUAUCAUCAAUCUUAUCAGUGUUGCAUUGGUUUAUUCAACAUCGAAAAGUUUAGAACGGCGUGAAGGUCUACCAGUAUUGAAUCAAUGGGCAAGCUGGGCUAUCGUUGGCACUUCGACCUUGUUACCUUUUAUCCACCGUGGUCCUCACGAUGAGCAUUAUUUGGCACGGCUAUUAAGCAUUUGUCUUGCUUUUGCUCCGCUCAUGACACUUCUCAGCAUAUCUUACGAGAUGUUGUUCUAUGUCUGCUUUUGCUCCACCAUUCUCUUAUGGCUUGAAACGGAACGCAUGCUUUAUUGUGGCACACGCACUUCGACGAAGCGGCCCAUGCAAUCAAGCGAUAUUCGAGCGGCCUUGAUGUUCAUGUUCUUUAUCGAAGUGGCGUUUUUCGGUACUGGCAACGUGGCAUCCUUGAGCAGCUUUUCAUUGUCAAGCGUGUAUCGUUUCAUUACGGUCUUCAACCCAUUCUCAAUGACGGCACUGCUCAUCACCAAGAUUUUGAUACCAUUCUGUGUUGUGUCCGCUGUCCUUGGAGUAUUGAGCGUGAGCCUGGACCUUGGAUCAUUCAGCUUGCUAUUAACAGUGAUGGCUGUAUCGGAUGUGCAAACAAUCAACUUUUUCUACUUUGUCACUGAUUAUGGAAGCUGGCUCGAGAUUGGCAUGAGUAUCAGCCAUUUUUGUAUAUCCGAACUUUUCAUUAUCUUUUCCAUCAUCUUAUUCUUGCUCUCUCAACUACUGGUGGGUCAUUUAACAGUGCCUCGAUUAACAAAAGACAAAUCAGCCUAG